CCGUAAAACAGAGGGGAAACCGUACCUUAAUUCACGGGUAUGUAGACCACGUGACCUCCAAAAUUCCUUUACCAAUAUUCCGUAUUACCAAAUUGAUGGCUUCUAGUGUCCAAAGUAAAGCAGAAUCUGGAAAUGUAGAAUCUUCUCGCUCAGCUUUUAUAUCUAUUUAUACUUCACCAUCAUCAACUUCUACGAAUUGUAUAAAUGUGCCAUUAAAUGGCUUAUUAACGAAUUUCAAUAACACUGGACGAACCAACUUUACAAACAAACAAUUAACUGAACUAGAAAAAGAAUUUCACUUUAAUAAAUAUUUGACAAGGGCUCGAAGAAUUGAGAUAGCAUCAGCAUUGCAACUUAACGAAACACAAGUUAAAAUUUGGUUUCAAAAUCGAAGAAUGAAACAAAAAAAAAGAAUUAAAGAAGGACUUAUACAUUGUGAAAAUGUUAAUAUAAGUUCAACUUCAGCUAUACGAUUUUGCAGCACUAGAAGUGAUAGUAGCUCACCCAUUGAAUCAGUGGUACCUGAAAAUGCUGAAUCUUCUACCUCUCAUUAUUCGAAUCAAAGUGUUGAAAAAACAUCAACUUUAGUAUCUCAAAAGUAA